CAAGUACUGACUUCUCACGUCAGAUAACAGGAAGGUUUGCCCCUCUCUGCUGCCAUGACUGGCCUCCCUCUGGUGUGGCUGUGCUUGCUGCUCAGCCUCCUGCCUCUGGAGAUCCAGUCCCGGAGUCUGAGAGCUCACAGACACAGGUUAGGUGAACCCAGAAUCUGUAAAGCGUCUUACCCCAACUCCCCACCAGGUGUGUCUGAUCUUUCUGCUGCCAUCAGUAAUCCAAUCCCACAGGAAGAUACACAACACACUGGGAGGGCCCCACCGCACAGAGACCCAUCAUCAAAGUUGUCUGACAUGCUUCUUCAAGGAAACAAUAACGCGCUGCCGGUGGAACCGGUGUGGCAGCGGGGUUCAAGGGGUCGUCGUCAUGCCAACAGUGGAAGCUCAAGGGGCCAUGGUCAUCUGAUGAGGGUGGGGUGCGUUCUUGGCACCUGUCAGGUGCAGAACCUCAGUCACCGACUCUACCAGCUAAUUGGACAGAACGGCAGGGAGGACUUCUCCCCCAUCAACCCCCGCAGCCCCCACAGCUACGGCUAGCAUCACACCUCCAAUCAGAGGCGUACUGGAGCAUUCAACCUUUCCAAAUCAUUCAUUUCCAUUGGACCACAGAUGGAAAACUUGACACCGAUGUUUACCCUAUCCAUUUAGUUUUUUUUUAUAGUUGUAGCAGUAAUUUUCAAUGACUUUUUGAUAGCACUGUUCUCACUGAGGAAUUUCUUUAGAUCUGUGAAUGUUACGGCAUUUAUAAAGAAACAAAAUGCUGUGAGAGAGUUAGAUGUCAAACAAACAAAGGGUAAAUAUGGCCUAAGAACUAAAUCUGUGAAUUACUAAAAUGUUCCUGAGAGAAAAAGAGCCAACUGGUGUUGUGUCACAUAUGCUUUGUGAUUUUUCUUUCUUAAUGAUGAGGGGAAGUGGCAGGAAAUCAUUGAAGAGGUAGGAAACCCCAGCUUCCUAUAAUUUUAGGAUUUAGUAGCUAAAGAAAGGAGAAAUUGGAGAGGCAAUGCCUGAUCCAGCCAGAAGUAUCCAGUCUUGAUUCAAAGACCUGGGGGCUCUCACAGUUUAUUAUUCCUUUUAUAAUAAAUUGUGUUUUUCAUGACAAGUUGAGACAAAUUUAUGGUUUCUAAAUCAGCCAUGGUAUGCGAUGGCCAGUCAAGACUCGUCCAUGCAGAUGUUCCAAUCAGGACUUUUUGUGAUACCAAUCAGUCAUUUGCAGAUACCAAAUCCCAAACCCCUGCAUCUCUUGCAGGUCAUUAGACCUGCAAGUGAGGUCUAAUGACAAAGCUCUAACUUAAGUUUGGGUGUUUGGUCUAAACACAGCAAACCAGAACAGUUUUAAUAGUUUAAUAAAACCAAUAUUACAGAGAUUUUAUUCAAAUUGAACACUUCUACUUUCAGAGCAGAACUCCUACCACUGUCACCUCAAAAAAAAAAGAUAUUCUCCAAACUCAAAGAUCUGCAGAGGUAAACUUUUUUCCAAACAAAAUCUUUUGAACACAUUUGUACAAUGAGUUAAGAGUUUUAUCUUUUAAUUCAGCUCAAUUGACAAAGUAUGGUUCCAAUUUUAGUGACGCAUGAAAUAUAAAACAGCAAUAAUCAUUCAUUAUUUUAUGAAUUCAUAGACUUAGUUUGUUUUGAAGCUUGAGGUAAUCCAAUUACAUUUAUCUGUUAGUUGAACUGUGAUAAAUGCAGAUUUCCCAGAACUGAUCAGAUAUUCACAAUUAUUAACUGUAUUUGGCACAGAAAACAGUAGGAGCAUACAUUACAAUCAAUUAGAUGACAAAACUUGCCUUAUCUUAAUGUUCUUUUAAAGUAAAUACUGCAAAUAAGAAAAUAUAAAUACUACAAUCGUGUCGGUUUUUCACCAAGUUUAACAAACAUUUUACCAGCAGACUAUUUUCUCAAACUUAGCUGUCUGCCUAACAUCAGCUUUCAGCAUCAAUAUUGUUCCUGCUGUCUGAACUUGAGUGAGCUCAGUACUAAUCUCCAAAAAGCACUUUAAUCUCCAUGUGCAAACAAGCAGCUUUAGCAGC